AGCCGUUGUGGUAAUAAACACGCGAGGGAAGCUCAGGCUGUAGGUGUAACUCCUGCCAGGGCAGCUGUCUGCAGUCUCUGGGGCUAGGACGUGGCCAUUGCGCUCUCGCUCCCUGUUUUCCUCAGACCGGGAAAGCUUUUCCCCCCCUCUCCGCUGCUGCUGGCAUGCCUGUAGCUUCUUGAACGGUAGAAAUACUCCAGACGCUCCGACUGUCCUUCUAAUCAAGAUCCUGUCCAAGUAAAGAGCCUCAUUAAUGCGGAUACAGUCAUACAUUAAUACAGGUUGAGUUACGCUACCAGCUAAUUUAAACAGAAAACUCCCUGGAGCACAGAAGGUCUGCAGGACACUCACGCCUGCAUCCAUCCACCCAUCCUCAGCACAACCCUCAACAGCGCGAGUGAGCCUGUCACGCUCCCGACUUCUCUCCCUUGCUGCGGGAUCCCUGCCCUAUGCUGAGAAACCCAGUCAGACUGUCAGCAAAGAUGCUUAUAGUUCAGCAGACGCUGCACCUGGCCAAAUCAAACUGCCAGCCUGGGGCACCAGCGGCACCAGAGAGAAUCACACAGAACGCUGGCUUCUGCCUCCCACUGACCUGCAGCGGCCAAAACCUCCUGAAAUCAUCUCCCUCUUGUCAGACAAAAAGAAACGCACCAAACCUUCUCUAGAAAACAGCACAGGGCUGAGGAAAUGUCUUUUGCAGUAUGGAGGGGCUCUGCCUCUGGAGAGCCCGACUGAAGGGCCUUCUCCUGCCGCCUUUGACUUCAACCACGCAAACAGAAAACACGCGGAUAGACGGCUGGCUGAGGCUGCCAACAGCGUGUCAGCUCACUUCCAUCACGCAGCAUCUUCCUAUCAAAAGAUGACAUCCUUAGUGGAGGCUCAUCCUUUUCCAGACUCUAGAGCAGUGGAGUCAGAUGAUCCUAACACGCUGGACCACUUCAACCGACCAGGCAAGAUAAUCCCCUAUAAACAUACUGAUCUCUUCAAAAAGAUCACCAAACCCUCCUGGGUCACCAACCGCCAGUCAUCCAGCUUACUGUACCACUUCAGUGCGCUGAAGAAAGAUGCUGAUAAGGAGAAGGCAUGUCUGACCGAGUGCAGGAAAGAGAGAGACGAAGUGGAGGCCUACUGCGCAAGUGAAUUCGCAGUGAAUGGAAUUGUUUAUAACAUGGAAAGAGUGGGGAAUGGAAUCCACUUGAUUACGCUUUUGGUAAACAGCGAUGGAUUAUACAAGAUGAGUCGCCUGUACAUUACUCCUGAUGGCUUCUUCUUUCGAGUUCACAUUCUAGUUUUGGAUACUUUAAACUGCAGUAAACCAUGUCCAGACUUUAAACUUGGCAGCAGAUACAUUGUGAUGGGUCGGAUCUACCACAAGAGACGACAGAUCCCUGCAAACCUGCUGCAGUUCCUGCGAGGGCGCCUGAGGCCGGGGGAUGGCUUGCUUAGAAGCAGCAGCAGCUACGUGAAGAGAUUCAAUAGGAAGAGGGAUCGCACAGUGCAAGCGGCUCACACUAAAUGCAGAUAAGGCUCCAGUAACCUCCGUCUAGGAUACAGACAGCAGCAGAAUUCAUCUACCAGAAUAAACCCGGCCAUGGUUUAGCAACAGCGGGCGGCAGUUUUCCUCACCUCUGAAAGUGGUUGCGAUACGACACUUGCUUUUGCGCUUUAGCAAACGCUAACUGAAUGUCUUGAUGAGGUACAGAUAUAUUGUGAAGUUUAGCACAAAAG